CUUCUCUUGAUCUUGUUGAUGUCUAUAAUGCCGCCACAAUCACUUAUUUUUCGAGCUUUAAUACGUUGCUUUAGGGUUGAUUUCAUAUUUAUAUCUCAAAUUUCUUCUUACUGUACUUAACCACCAAGCCAAUAAUUCAGAAAAUCAACUUGUUCAUAACUUACCAAAUCAGUUUGCAUUGCGUCGAAACCGCAAAAGGGUUAUGUAUCCCUGAGAAGAGUUUUUCCUCACAAGUGUUUCAGUGCAAAUAUAAUGACAACUAUGCAAAACACUUUAAAAGAACCACGAAAAAAAGGACAUUUUCACAAGAAACCAGGAGAUCCUCUCCCCGUACUUGUUGAAACUGAAACAGGAAUACCAGCCCACUUAGCCAUUUGGAAAUCAUUUUCUGGGCGUUUUAAUGGCGACUGUGUUGAAGUUUCUGAUGCUGAAGACAUAUCAAGCUUAUAUAACAUGGGCUUCUUUGGUAAAGGUUCAUUUUCACGUGGUUGUCCAAGAUCUGCUCGUAAAACAAAUCACCCUGAGAUAAUUCGGGAAAGACAAUGGAAACGCAGAUGUGACUGGUCAAAUCGGAAGAGUGAUAUUUCAAAAGUCGAAGAUGGGCAAGAAGAAAAAGCUUUGCAUGAAGAUAACCCAGAAGUCAUUGUUAUUGGUGACACAGACAAUGAAGAAGAAAAUUUUAUGUCACACUUGCAACCCAGGAUUGAAAAUGAUAGUGGCUCUUCACCAGAAGUUCUUAAUUUACUUCUGGAAGAAGCAUUAUUUUUGUGCUAUGGUUUAGGAUGUUUGUACAUUUUUGACAUAUCUGGUCAGAAAAUUUUAAAUUGUGAUGAAUUUUGGGCUCUUUGCCUUGAGAUUGAUACACGUUUUAUAGAAAGAUAUGUUACCUAUCAUCAUUUCCGUUCAAAGGGUUGGGUUGUCAAAUCUGGUUUAAAAUUUGGAGGUGACUUCUUAUUGUACAAAGAUGGCCCAGGCUUUUAUCAUGCUUCCUAUGUAGUCAUGUCAAAAGUUCUUUAUGGAGAAAAUUCAAUAGAGGCAGGUUCAAUCAACAAAAAAUUGGAUUGGAUAACACUUAUGGGCCUCAACCGACUUGCAGAAACCUCGGGAAAAGAAGUUCUUUUAUGUUAUGCCAUAAGGCCAAAUGGACUUUUACCUGGUCAACCAUCCUCACCUAAUGUGAUAAAGAAAUUUAAAGUACAUGAAGUUAUUCCCAGACGUUGGCAACCUUCUGUAGCAAGAAUUGACAAUAGUAACCCUCCAACUAAACCAGAAAAUGAAGAAUCAUGUAUAUAAAGCAUUUCUUUCUAGUAUACUAAGGAUGUGAGUUUUUGGGAAAAUAUGUGAGAUAAACCAUAUGGUGAUUCACUUUU